CCUUGAUGGUGAAAACUGAAAAGUAUUUUUGACGUGGCAAUUGACACGUAAAAGAAACACGAGGAAGAUCAAUAUCAUGAUCAUAGCUUCCUACACUUUCUAGAAUCUGCUUCCCAGCUUAUCUACAUGCUUCUACUUUUUACCAUUUUCCCCAUCCUUCCACCGGAAAAUUCACACAAAUUCAGCUCCGGAAGCUCGGCCAUUGAUAAAUUAAUCAACUAUGGCGACUUACAGAUGGAAGAGCUUCGUCGAGGACCAAGACCGCCCUGAAAAACCUCGGAGAUUCGGUGUAACGGAGAUUCGUGGCCCAAAUCACAACUCUCUCUUCUCUCACAACUUGCUUCAGGAUAUGUUGGAGUCUGUGGGGCAGUUUGUUGAUGGUUUGAAGUUUACAGGAGGCUCUGAAAGUUUGAUGCCAAAAUCCUUCAUUAAAGAAGCAACAAAAUUAGCUCAUGAACAUGAUAUAUAUGUUAGUACAGGUGAUUGGGCUGAAUAUCUGCUUCAAAAAGGUGCAUCUUCUUUCAAAGAGUAUAUAGAGGAAUGUAAGCAGCUGGGAUUCGAUACAGUUGAGCUAAAUAUGGGUUCACUUGAACUUCCUGAAGAAACUCUGUUGAGAUACAUAAGGUUAAUUAAGAGUGAGGGGCUUAAAGCUAAACCUCAGUUUGCUGUUAAGUUCAAUAAGGCUGACAUUCCUCCAACCCGUGCAAGAGCUUAUGGUGCUUAUGUUGUUCCAACACCUCGAACAUCUGAACGUGUGGAGGAUGUGGACUUUUUGAUUAGAAGAGCCGAGAGAUGCUUGGAAGCAGGAGCAGACAUGAUAACAAUCGAUGCAGAAGACGUCUGUAGAUACCCCAAUUCUGUUAGAGCGGACAUCAUAGCAAAGGUGGUUGGGCGUCUAGGACUCGAAAAGGCCAUGUUUGAAACAUCAAAUCCCAAAACCUCCGAAUGGUUCAUUAAGCAAUACGGCCCAAAUGUUAACCUUUUUGUUGAUCAUUCUCAAGUGCUGGAUUUGGAGUGUAUUCGAGGGCAACCAGUGAAGAAGAAGGAAAGGAUCGGUGAUUCUUCGCUAGUAGUAGCAGACCCAACCUUCUCCGCCUAUUUCCACCAAGCACCCGUAGCAAACAUCCCCGGAAUUGUUGUGUACUAUCCCGAUACCCCUUCACAGCCCUCUCAACAACUGUCUUCCUGUUUGUCUCCUUCCCCUGUCGAAGAACUAGAAUCACCAGUGAUGUUUUCCCGGUUCCCCACUGCCGUCACCUCCAUAUCCCCUUCCCUUCCUCCUUCUGCCGAGAAACACCACCACAAGCACCCUCUCUGGCUGUUGCUACCCUUCUCAACCCCCACAACCCCAAAUGAACCCUUGAACCGCCGGAAAAAUCAAUUCCUUCCUUAG